AUGGACCAAGAAGCAGAAGUUAUAGUAUCAAGCUCUUAAGCUUCUAAUUUCAUCAUAAAAGUUUAAAUUAAUGAAUUUAAAUUUAAGUUCUAAGUUAAAGACCCUUAACAAAAGAUUUAGUAGCUAAGAUAUGAGUUAAUAGAACAUUUAAAGAAACUAAACUACAAUCUUUAAGAUGAAGCAUAUAGUUGUUAUUCACUUGCUGACGACUAAGAGUUUGUGCUUUCUGAAGAUGAUGCUGUUUCAAGCUUAAUUUCUCACAAUGACCUAGUUAAGAUGGUAUCUAAAGUUAAAUAAGAAUAGGAUUAGCCGAUUUAAGUAGAAUAAUAGAAAGAGGAAGAUCCUAAAGAGGCAAUAGUAAUUUUGUAUGAUAUUUCAGGUUCUAUGGGAUCAACAUUUUAUAAUGAGUAAGGCUUACCUAGAAUAGGAGCAGUUAAUGCCUUUUUCUCUGCUUUUGCUGAUAAAACACUUGCUAUGGAGUACAAUCACGUAGUUUCACUUUUUUGGUUUGACAGUAAGAUAGAAAAAAAAUGUGAAUUUAUCAGAGAUAUGAAUACGUUUAUCAAGCUAGUAGAUGAUGCUGCUCCAAGAGGUGGUACUCGUCUGUAUGAUUCUUUAGUUGAAGGAGUCAACAGUUUAAUAGAAUACAAGAAAAAGCACCCUAACACUAUUUUACGUAUGAUUGCCCUUACUGAUGGUGAAGACAAUGAAUCUAAAUAUAAACCUGGUGAAGUUGCAGCUUUGAUAUUAAAAAAUCGUAUUAUAUUAGACUCAUUUGUUGUAAGUUAAUAAAGCUUGUAAUUAAAAGCAAUCACUCAUGCGAGUGGUGGUAGAUGUUAUUGCCCAGCCUCUAUAAAUGAUGGUUUAAAAUUAUUUGAAAUAGAAACAAUCCUAUCUGUUCGUGCAAGGGACAUUAAUUUCGAAGAGUUUUACUCAAAGAGUGUUUAAUAAUGUGACACUGAUUAAUUUAUUAAUUUAGACAGAUUCUAGUCACUUCCUUUUGAUACAGAAGGUAUUUAAGUUAGUUAUGAUAAGUAAAUUUAGCAGCCUGCUGCAGACAUUAGUCAUAUUAUAGCAAAGUACUCCAAAAUUGCUAACAAUCCAACUUAACCAUCAUCAUCCUCUACCUCGAGUACUGGAGCUAGUAUUAAUUAAUAAGGACCUAGUUAAGCAGUUUUAAAAAGAAUAGUCAAAGAAUUAGAAACUAUUUAAAAGGAAACUGACCCUAAUUUUAAGGCUAAAGUAUUCCCUGCAGAAAAUGAUAUAAUGAACUGGAAGGUGCUAUUAAUAGGUCCUGAAGGAACAACAUACAAUUAUGGAGUCUUUAUGGUUUAUAUAACUUUUCCAAAUGACUAUCCCUUUAAACCUCCUCGUACCCGUUUUAUAACUCCCAUAUAUCACCCAAAUAUAAGCUCCUAGGGACAUAUGUGCUUAGAUAUUCUAAAAGAUUAAUGGUCCCCAGCCUUAACUAUCUAAAAAUCACUAAAUAGUUUUUUGUCCUUAAUGCAAGAUCCUAACCCAAAUGAUGCUCUUGAUAGUACUAUUGCAGCAUAAUAUCUUGAUGAUAUUAACAUAUUUAAAUAGAAGUGCCUAGAUCACAUUAAGCAAUAUGCUAAUAAAUCAGUAGACGAAUUGAUGGUUGACAUAAUGGGAACUUCAUUGGAUGUUAAAAGCGAAUUCUAUGUUAAUACUCAUGCUGAAUUAAAACAAUGGAUUAAUUCAAAUAAAGCUAAAUUUUGA